CUUCUCCUUUUAGCAGUACCAAAGGUGCACCUGCACUUGCCUCCCCAGCUCUGAAAAAAUGCAGUCAUGAAAUACCCUCUUUUUCUCUCCAGUCUCUUGCUACUUGUGCAAAAAAACACUUGUUCAGAACUUCUUAAAACCAAUUCUCUCUAGAUAUUUCUUCUGGCUUCUCAAUGGGGGGUUUGAUUGAUCUCAAUACCAUGGAGGAUGAUGAAACGCCGUCGUUUGGGUCUUUAUCUCCUUCCUCAUCUUCUGCUUCUGUGCCAAGUGCUUCUGGGGUGAGUCCUUCCGGUGGUGGUGGUGGCGGUGGUUCUGGUUCUGGUUCUGGUUCUGGUUCUGUGUGUUUGGAGCUUUGGCACGCUUGUGCAGGGCCUCUGAUAUCGUUGCCAAAGAAAGGGAGUCUAGUCGUGUACUUCCCUCAGGGCCACUUGGAACAUAUUCCCGAUUUUCCCGGUGCUGCAGCCUAUGAUCUCCCUCCCCAAGUGUUUUGUCGGGUUGUCGAUGUCAAACUCCAUGCAGAGGUGGCAACCGAUGAGGUUUAUGCUCAAGUCUCCCUGGUUCCCGAGAGUGAGCAAAUUGAGCAAAAGAUGAAGGAAGGGCAAGUACAGGUAGAUGGAGAAGAGGAUGAUGUGGAAGCAGAAAUCAAGUCUACCACACCACAUAUGUUCUGCAAGACUCUUACUGCUUCUGAUACGAGCACCCAUGGAGGCUUUUCAGUCCCUCGUCGAGCUGCUGAAGACUGUUUUCCUCCCCUGGAUUAUAAUCAACAAAGGCCCUCCCAAGAGCUUGUAGCAAAGGACCUGCAUGGCCUGGAGUGGAGGUUUCGACAUAUCUACAGGGGGCAACCACGGAGGCAUUUGCUUACUACUGGAUGGAGUGCUUUUGUAAAUAAGAAAAAGCUAGUCUCUGGAGAUGCUGUGCUGUUUCUUAGGGGUGAGGAUGGAGAAUUGAGACUGGGAAUCCGAAGAGCAGCUCAAGUUAAGAAUUGUGCUCCUUUUCCUGCAUUGUGUCCCCAGCCAUUGAACCACAGCAAUUUUGCUGAUGUUAUUCAUGCUAUUUCCACCAAAGGGGCUUUCAGCAUUUGCUACAAUCCAAGGGCCAAUUCGUCAGAGUUCAUAAUACCAAUGCAUAAGUUCCUGAAGGGUCUUGAUAAUUCUUUUCCCAUUGGAAUGAGGUUCAAAAUGCGUUUUGAAACUGAAGAUGCUGCAGAGCGAAGAUACACAGGACUGGUAACUGGAAUCAGUGACAUGGAUCCUGUUAGGUGGCCUGGCUCAAAAUGGAAAUGCCUUCUGGUAAGGUGGGAUGAUUUUGAAGCCGCAAGGCAGAGCAGGGUUUCUCCCUGGGAAAUCGAGCCAUCUGGUUCAAUUUCCAAUUCCAACAGUUUGCUCAUGACUGGUUCAAAGAGGACGAGGGUUGGAUUGCCGUCAGGAAAACCAGAAUUUGCAUUCCCUGAUGGGAUUGGAGCCUCUGACCGCGGGGAAUCUCUAAGGUUCCAGAAGGUCUUGCAAGGUCAAGAAAUUGUGGGUUUUAACCCUCUUUAUGAUGGUGCUGAUUAUCAGAAUAUGCAUAUCUAUGAAAUGAGGCGGUGCUUUCCUGGUUCAAACGGUUCUGGAAUUGCUGCAAUAGGGAAUAUUGUCAGAGAUCCACUUGUGAAUUCUGACAUUCCCUCCAAAAGCAAAGGCUUUGGUGAGUCUUUCAGAUUCAAUAAGGUCUUGCAAGGUCAAGAAAUAUUUCUCAGCACUCCAUAUGGAAGAGCUCCAACUACUAACGAGGCUCAUGAAAAUGGUGGUCUUGGAGUCCCUGAUGGUAGUUGGGUUUCAGGCACUAGAAAUGGAUGGACUUCCAUGAUACAGGGCUAUAAUACUCGGAUGCAAACAUCUUUAUCCUCUACACAGGUUUCAUCACCAUCUUCCGUGUUAAUGUUCCAGCAAGCAAGCAACCCAAUUCCAAACUUAAAUCCUCUUUAUAACACCAAUAAUCAAGGGGAACAUGGCCUUAAAAAUUGGGUUUCCAAUCAUACUGCUGAAACAUGUGGGAGAAAGCAGAUGCUGUCUUCACGUUUUGAGCAUGGUUUAAGCAUGGGAAGUUCUGGAGUCAUGAAUUCUUUGGGUCAUUCAAACCCACAUAUUCAAAUUGACAAUUCUCAGUGUCUUACUGCUCAACCAGCGUUUAGGACUAAUCAAGAUUUAGCUCCAUCAUGUAAAAGUAGCUGUAGACUUUUUGGUUUCUCCUUGAUUGAGGGAAGCCUUGAUGCAAAUAAACGUGCAAAUAAAGAGGAGAACAUAGUUCAAGCUACUUCAGCUUUGGGGCCUGGAGUUUCUUUUCUGCCUCAUGUUGCAGAGCAGUACCAUCCAACAGCCACAGCAGUGACCAACCCUGUUGGAAGUAACAAAGUAAGCAACCUCUAUGCUGUAUGAGUUAAUGCAUUUUGAUAUUGCUUUGUUCGUAGAAUGCUGUUUCUUACCACCAAUGGCACGCUAUUUCUGGAGGAUUUUGCAUCUGAACUGACAGAGUAGUUUACUACUAUCUGGUUUAAAAUGCCUUUGUAUUGUGUCUGCAGAAUACUUCUGAUAUGGCCGUGGCCUUCUUUCAAGGUCUCUGGUAAAUGUCAUUGGAUUAAUGGAUUUGACCUCAUAAAAAGUUUAAUGAUAUUGUUUUACAGGGAAUUCUGCAACACUGUCUCAAAAAUUAUGAUAUAUACUGAAGGAGAUGCUCUAGACGUCAGGCAUUAGCCAGGAAAGAAAAGAAGCCCGUAAUAGCUCUAAUUGUUGUAUUAUUGUUAUUAUUAUGCAAAUGUUUGAGACACAAUUGUGAAGCACUAGAAACCAGGAAUUGUAAUUAUAUUCAUGCAUUGACGUGAUUGUAUCAACUCCCUUUGCUAUGGUAACUGCAACUUCUAUUAAUAAUCUCUGUUCUUUGGG